GACAGCAGACAUGUGUGCUUGGCCUGAAUGUUCCAAAAGACUGAGGACACGAGAGGGAUGUUAGAGAGAGUCAGAUGAUGGAAGGGGUGGAAGACUGAGAGUAGGGUUAGGACCGGAUUGGAGCUCCGCCUGGACGAUCCGAGUUAGGACAGUGGUGUAUGCUGGUGUGUAUGCAGGGCCUUCGCCGGACUCACGUUGCCUCGCCUUCCUCCUCCCUCCCACCACCAUCGUCGGGAACGUCUCUCCGCCCUUGCUCGUCGUACCCGUCGUCCAGGACAUAUCGAUUGCUAUACAGGCUGCUUGGCUUGUGUCUCUCACUUUCCCCGCCUCGUGCGGUCUCCUCGUAGCCGCUCAAGGCCCUUAUUCCUAUCCGUUCCUUCUAUCCCCACAUCGCUAUGGCCGACCGACUACACCAGCAAUAUAUGAUGCCUAACUUCAACCAAGCAAUGCUCGCCCAGCAGCAGGGUAUGAUCCCUCAGGGUCAACACGAUAACCAGCAUAACAUGGCGGCCAUGGGCAAUAUCCUGCCCCCCGAUCACAACCGUCAGCUGCAACAGAUUGCUCAACAGCGGGGGAUUCAGUUUAGAAUGGGGGAUAUUCAGAAUAAUCCUCAGGUACGAUUUCUUCACUAUCGCAUAAGCACCUCGCUCUCUGUAUUUCCCAUUGGGGCGGUCAGUGCAAAUAUCGUCUGGCGCGACCUGGCUCUACCUCAGCUGCUCGUGGUUUUCUUCGUUUCAUGCCCAUAUUGCUUUGGGACUUCACUUCAAUUACGCCCACGGCACCUAAUGCUUGCUUUGGCUGUGCUUUAUGUUACGCUUUGGUUUAACGCAUUCGAUGCCAUGCACGUGAACUGGCUUACAUUGCAUCUUCGCAUCCCGUAUACACCCAAUUUUGAAGUCUUUGCGACUCCAGAAAGUCCAAUUUACAGAGCUACGGGCGAUCCGUUUGCAGCGAUGCUAGAGCUCCUUCGCAAGAGGAACAUGCAAAACCCAGCACAAAUGAUUCCGAAGCCAAUGCCGCCGCAAUUCAACCUUGGCAACCAGAUGGGUGGCUCGCCGUUCGGCGACGCCGGCCAGAUGCAGCAAUUCGCCAACGGUCUCGGUACCGGCGUCGGAAGCAACACGUCUACGACACAACAAGCGCGGCAGGCUCUCUACCAGCAGUUGCAGAAUGGACCACCGGGAGCAGGUCCUGCUCGUCAGCUCGAGUUGAUGAGUAUGGCGCAGCACCAGCAGAACCAACAUCUUGCACCGUCGGGCAAUACCCAAGCCAAUGUGAACCUAUUUUAUCAACAGCAGCAGCAGCAGCAACAACAGCAACAGCAACAACAGCAUCUUCAGCAGCAGCAGCAACAGCAGCAACAUCAACAGCAACAGCAACAGCAACAGCAGCCGCUGCAGGACCUGUCGCGCCCACCGACAAUCGCCCCUCCAGCGGGUCAGUUCCCUAAUUCAGCUGGACAGGCGGUACAGAACCAAGCAUUUUCGAUGCAAGCUGCCAACGCCUUGGAGCGGCCACCAGCCCAAAUGAUCCAGGAUGUAUUGAUGAUCACUUCGUCGCAACGCGGAAGAGAGGAGCUGGAGAAGUACGAGCAACGACGUCAGUCGCUUGCGCAAAACCUGCAGUUGGCUAUCCAGAGGCAGCAUCAGCUCACAAAUAGUCGACAACAAGGGAACGAGUCUUUGUACCAACAGCAUAUGCCCCGUCUGACUACCCAAGUUGGGUUGAUGCGGACGAUGAUUGCGAGACUCGACAAUUUGCGACCCCAGUUGCAGCUCCGCAUCCAACAACUAUUGCAGCAGGAACAGAGCGGUCUUCCUGUACCUUCUGGGCCAGACGGAUCUAACACGGCCACGAUGCUCUCCACCUCUCCUCGACCAACCUCGGGUCCAUCAGCAGGAGCAAUGGGUAAUAUGCCCAAUGCGCAGAACCGGAAUUGGAUGCAGCAAGCUGGACCAUCGCCGUCAGCGUCCUUUGCUACGCCUCAGAUGUCGCACGCAGCUGGUCAGAUGACACAAGGUCGUUCACCCCAACCCCCUAAUAUGCAACCACAACAAACUCCACAAAUACCUUCUCAUCCUAACUUUCCCAUGCAACAACCAAAUCAAGUUCCCCCGCGAACUAGUUCAACAACGCCUUUAUCGGUACAGAGGAGUGGUGUGCAGAACGGACCUCAGAGAUCGCCGAACAUGCCCAACAUGAACGCUUCUAACAAUCAGUUGACGCCUCCUCAGACUCAAGACCCUCUGUUCGAUACGCAAGGAAUACUUCCUCGGGCUUCCGUCACUCCUCUUCCUCCCCAGGCGUUUGCAGCGGCGUACUCAGGCUACCUCAACAAGAUACGAAUGCCUGUAGAAAAACGAACGCCCUACAUGGAGGGGCGGCCAGUUGACCUUCACGCUCUCCAUACCGAGAUUAUCAAGGCUGGUGGACCACACCACAUUGCUGAUACCUAUGGACGACCGCUGGACGAUUGCUGGCAGAUCCUUGCUGCGAAGCUCGGUUUCGUGCAUUUUCCGGGGAAUGACAAGGAACUUCCAAGGUCCUCGCCUGCACAUGGCCAUAUGUUGCAGCAGGUCUACAAGGCCUAUCUGUUCUCAUUUGAUCUAGCAUAUAUAAGGACAUGUCUGUCAAAGCGUAACGGGGCAGCUCAAGUUGGGGCAAACGGCGCCAACCCUGCCGGGGGUCAAGUUAACGGGAACAUGGGUAUGCACCCGAUGCAGGGCAGUUCUUCUGAAGGCCAAGCCGUACCAACUGGCGUUCCUACCCACAACCCGCAAGCUAUCUUUACCAUUGCUGGUUCUAGGGAUCCGAAAAAGAUUCAGGAGCUUCUCGCAUUGGCGCAGCUACCCAUGGAUGAGCUCAAAGCUCGUAAUAUCCCGGAGGAGCUGAUCAAGAAGAUCGCAGUGCAUGGACCUUAUCUGCAACAGUGGGCACAAUCCCAAAGACAGUUCCACAAUGGCAUUAGAAGCGCGCAGUCUGGACAGUCGUCAGCGGGCAUGGCACAACCUCAGAUACCGACGAUGGUGCCUCCGACCAUGCCUAGUCAAGUGCCUCAACAAGGUCAGAUGUCUAACCCUAAUGUACGUCCUGGCGCUGGUAUGGCUGGUACUUGGGCUGGUCAACAACCGAAUGUGCCACACGUUGGUGGGGGACAACCGCAGCUGAGGCCCGACAUGGGUGGUCGACCGCAACAGUCCUUGGGACCGCAGGCUCUUAUGCAGCUCAACCAGAUUGGUCAGUAUCUGAAUAAGGUCGAGCGUCACAGACAGGAGUAUAUCCAGGUGCAACAACAAAGAAUGGGGUCUAGUAAGACAGUGCCAGUGCCUGAGCAUCAGUUGCUCGAGUAUAGGACUACGUUUGCGAUGCUUGAUCGCCUUGCGAAGGAGUUGGAGCGUAAGCUUCCCGUUGUCGCUCCUUUCGUCAAUGAUCAAGAGCUGAAAGAAAUGGUGACCCUUGCUUUGUGUCCAACUGUUCAAAGGACCUUGCUUGCAUCCGGUUCUCCCAAGUUCAUCCUGAACCUGGAAAUGAUGAAGCAUCUCAUCAACGCGAUCAAUAUGCAGAACGAGAAGAUACAGAAGAUUCCGCCGGAGCAGAGGGAUCGAGUGGUGCAUUCGAUGAGGCUCAUCCAACAGACUCAGAAUUCCCAUCAGCAGCAGCAGCAGCAGCAGCAGCAGCAGCAGCAACAACAACAGCAACAGCAGCAACAGCAACAGCAACAGCCCAUGGGUCACGUUCCCGUUAUGCAGCCGCCGCAACCCAUUUCUCAGGCAAUGUCGCACCUUCCCUCGACUAGCGUCCAGCCGCAACCCAUGCCACCUCCCCAAGUUCCACACCUUCAACAAUCUCAACCUCCCCCGAUACCACAGCAGCCUCUCCAGCCUCAUCCCCAUACACCAUCGCAACCCGCACCUUCCCCCUCUCUCUCGAAUAAGAAGAAAAUCUCGGCAUCUACUCCAGCAGACACUGUCCCUCUUUCAACGCCGCCCGCUUCAGCUUCAACCCCAGUUGCGAAUGCAGCCACGCCUACUCACGUCGUGAACUCGCCUCACACGCCCAAGUCGCCGAAGCCGAAAGCGCCGCCUAAACCUAGGCAACCAAAGCGCAAACCGUCUGCCAAGAAUGCGCCGCAGCCACCAACGCCUUCUGCCUCUGCCUCUACCCCUGCCCCUGUUUCUACUCCAGCUGCUGCUUCACCUUCCAUAUCUGCUGUCAUGGUUGAGCCUGCUGCUCUCCCAGUCGAAGCCGGUGUCAAGCGACGUCGUGAGGAAGAACCAGCAUCCACAGCUUCAUCAUCUGCCCAACCCUCGCCGUCUAAGAAGCCUAAGACUAACUGGGAUGGACCUAUGAGUGAAGAGCUGAUAAAGAAGGAGCACGAACUCGAAGCUAUCAAGUCACCGGAAGACGCGGCCAAGUUCUACCAAGAGAAGAAGGAGCAGUUGAAGGCUGUUGCGGAUCCCACAAGCGAAGAAUCGUUACAGUCUGCUUUGGCUGCGCUUGGUCAACUCUUUGGCGAGGCGGAUGGUGGAGACUUCAGCUUUGAUCCACCUUUAUCCAGCGACAACAAUGAAAAUACAGUGUCGGUCGAGACGUUCUUUGACCUCGAGAGGUUCGGACAGGAUGACGGAUCGAGAGCUCCGCCUACACCAGAACUGUCACAUUCUACCAAUCCAAGUCCGGAGUCGGUUGUGAGCUCGGAUGCGGAUCACAGUGUUACUAGCCAUCAUUCUGAUACUGCUGGAAUAGCGGAUGGUACCAGCAGCCAGACGGACGACUUCUUCAAUGAUCCAAUGUUUGCGUUGCUGAAACCACUUGGUGGAGGGGCGUCGGCGUAUUAUGUCGGGCCUAGUUUCGACUUUGAGAACGAUUUCCUCUCGAUGGGCGAUGCUCCAGAUGCAUGGGCCAUUUCCUCGUAGACUUGCUCUUCUUUUUCGUUCCUAUUCAUUUUUUCUUACCCUUCUUUUCUGCCCCAUCGAUGUCUGCACCUCCAUCUCAUGUGUGAUUUUAUAUUUGCUUUUUUAUCUUUAUCGGUUUCACUGGAUCAAUCACCCUUCCUAGCUAUUGUACUCAUUAUACUAACUCCCUCGUCGCAUCUGCUGUUGUUCUUUGAUUACAUGCCGUGUGUGCUGUGUAUUUCUAUACGCUAUCGAUACUUUCUGCUCAUCGCAACUCCUGGCUCGAGGU